AAGGUUGACGUCAUUAUUAACUGACACCAGCUCUGUAGGCAGAUUGAGAAAAUUAAGUGGCGCGUAUAUGAAUCAAACCAUACAAGUACCCGGCAUAGUACCCGUUCGGUUUCACUUGGAUGGAUUAUUCAUUUUAGUUUAUUAUUGAAUGUCGUGGAGAGUGUAAUUAAGUUUUAUCGCAAGAUUUUUUAAUCAAAAAUAAAAUGUUAAGUAAUAUAAGAAAGGUUACUUACGAUUUUAUAGAAAAUGAACGAGGAUUGUUUGGUGAGAGGCAAAGUGUUAACAAUUGUGAUAAAGAUCAAUAUAUUCAAGAAGUGGUUUCCCGAUCUAUAGAGGCGAUAAAUACGGAAGUAAUAAAACAAAAUGAAUUGAGUCAAGCUGAGUAUAUCCCACGGGCGUCAGAAAUAAGCAUAAUACUAGAUUCAAGAACAGAUCUUACAGGAGAAUCACCAAAGAGAUACACGACUAAAUGUUACUUGGAACCAAAAGCGGUUCCCUAUUGGUACAAUGAAAACCUAUUACUAUUCAUCAAUUCCACAAAGAGGAUUUAUGAAGAAAAAGUAUAUUUCAAAGAAAAGUUUCUACCAAUAAAAUGGUCAGAAAGAAUGUGGACUGAAGCAAAUUACAGUAACCAUCCGUUGAAAAUUUCCACGCUUGACAUUCCUCUGACCGACAUAUAUAUACCUCUUAAUGAAGUACAAGCAUGCUGAUAGAAAACAUGAUGCCAAAGAUAUAUCAUACCAAAAAUUAAACCCUACAUCCCUCAUUUUAUAAAUAUUCUGUUUAAUCAACGAGAUACGAUAGCCCGAAAAAAUCAUAAACGUACUUUAAAUUUCUUUCUGGGCUAGUAGUUAUUUAAUACGAUUGUAUACAUUUGUAAAACUAGUUUCAAUAAAGAGUUUUAUAGAUA